AUGGCAACCGACAGAGCCAGAGAGCUGGACCGCCUAUAUCAGAUGCGAAACCCAGGCCCGCGCCGGGGGCAUGCGCCGCAGAUAUCCAUCAGCGAUGACAGCCACCACGUCACCGAGGCCAUAGGCGACAUGUACGGCGGCGACAGCGACACCGACGCCCCCAACCGCCGCAGCCUGCGACCCCUAAGCUUCGUCCCCAGCCCCAACGGCGACUCGAUCCAGUCCUUUGGCGCCUUCGAGGCCUUCGACCCCUUCCCCAACGCGCCCCCCGCGAGGUCCCCGCUGCGUCCCCAGAUGUCCUUCGAGAAGCCCCAAACGCCCACGAGCCCCAAUGGCACCGCCAACAUGGCCCAGAAGCGGGCCUCGGUCGCCCGGCACCCGUCGAACGGCGGCCAGAUGUCCCCUCCGCUGUCCCGCUCGAACUCGAACACGGCGUCGCACCAGUUCCCGCUGAACAACCUCGACUACGAGAACAGCCCGGCGGGCCUCGCCCAGGAGCUGAGCAACCUGCAGGCGAUACGGAGGAUGUCCAUGGGCGUUAACAAUGCCGAUCCCGAUCUGCCUUCGUUCCAGUCCGCAAACUCACCGCCCUCCCCACCGGCCAUGUCGGAGGAGGACGAGUCGAAACUCUUCUGGGUACCCGCACGCCUGCAUCCCGAACUGGCGCCCAUGGAGUUCAAGACGUUCAUCGAAGACAAGAUCGACAGGACGAGACGACGCUCCGGAGACUCAGACUCGCUAUCUCCGGAUGGCGCCAUGGGGCGUCAGGGCUCGGGUGGAGGGCUGCGGCGGAAGAAGUCCAUGCUGUCCAGGCAGAUUGAUACGGGUUCUGGCUACAAGGACGGCGCCGAGAGGCUGGAGAGGAAGCGAUCCGGCGCGCAGCCCAACGGGGGCUUGUCGAACCUCCAGGAGCUCGAGCACAUACAGGAGGACCCGGUGGCCUUGAUAAGACGGAUGAGCAUCGAUCAAAAGGGCAUGGCUGGGGAAGGGGAAGAGGGCGCUGACGGGAUGCCCAUUGUGCCGGGUAGCAAGAUGCGUGGUCUGGGCACGCUCAAGAGAUCAACACACACUACGUACAGACGAGGCAGUCUGCGGAAAGGCGGCCCGCCCCUCUCGCGGCGACUCGUCUCUGGUCGACAAGGAGACACAGACACGGAAGACUCCCCGUCCACCUCGCCCGUCCACUCUACCGAGAGCAUACCCGAAGUCCCUCCUCUCCCAGGUCUCAACCGCGUUCAGUCGGAACCCGUUAACUCGGCGUUUGAAGGAUCGUCCAACAACUUCUCGCGGCCUGGGGCGAAGCGGGCAUCUCCCAGCUAUGGCGGCGAGAGACCAGGUUCAUCUGAAGAAUACCCCAGGUCAGCUUCUACUGAGCCGAUAUCCCAACAGGAGCGAAGUUCGCCGCAGCCCAGGCAGUUCCACUCGAGAAUCGCCUCCAACGGCCGCACGACUGCACCUUUGCCAGGCUACACACCUCCGCCGCAGCAGGUACCCCAGAUCAUCGAGACACCACCGCCACAAGAACAGAACCGCACACCUCAGUUUCAGCUACCCGAACGUCACUCCUCCCGCCAACCUCCGCCUCAAGCCCAGCAACAACCUGCAGGCCCUCGCCAUUAUCCUCAGCCCCAGCAGCAACCCCCACAGCAACAGCGCCAGCCCCAGUCGUCGAGUCGACCGAACCGUCAUGCACAAGCUGCUCAGUCGUCUCCGAUCAAGCCCGCGCAAUCCUUCGAUGAUCUAGUAGCGCAUCCUUCGGCGAUGCCCGGCCAGAACAACAGGGUCGAUUCGUUAUCCAUAAUCCCGAACGCACCAGAAGAGAAGAAGCUCGAACCGAAGGCCAAAGAUAAGAAAGACAAGGAUGGCUCUGAGGGCGGCCAAAGGAAGACGAGCUGGGGCUGGUUUGGCGGUGAUAAGGAGAAGGAAAAAGACAAGAAGUCAAAAGACAAAGACUCCGAAAAAGAAGCCCCGAAGAAGGUCAAGAACAAGCUCAGCAAGUCCCAGGAGAAGGAGAAGGACAAGGGUCAUGACGACACGAGACUGGACCUCUUGCAGACAUCGAUACAGGGCGGCGGUCGUGGUCGAGAGAGCGUAGUGCUGGAUCGCGAAAGCGUCAAGCUGGAAGAAGAGCGAAAGAAGGAGAGCGCCAGAAAAACAUCCAGCGAAGGCAAGAAAGAGAAGGAGCCUGGACUACUGUCCUCCAUCUUCGGAGGAGGAAAGAAGAAGGGCGAGAAAGAGUCGUCUCACAAGAAGAACGCCUCACGUGGAUUAUCGCCCGAGCCCCCGCCACGCAUCUUAAAGCCCGACAUCGACUACAACUGGACCCGAUUCUCGAUCCUGGAAGAACGCGCGAUUUACCGCAUGGCCCACAUUAAGCUUGCGAACCCCCGCCGCGAGCUCUACUCCCAAGUCUUACUAUCCAACUUCAUGUACUCGUACCUCGCCAAGGUCCAGCAAAUGCACCCGCAGAUUUCCAUCGGCAACUCCAAGCAAGCAAAGCAAGCUCAACAGGCUCAGCAACAGCAACAAGCUGCGCAGCAGAAGAAGGAGCAGCAACAACAGCAGCAACAUCAGCAGCAGGCCGCUCAGCAAUCUCAGCAGCAGGUACAGCAGCAGCAACCGCAGCAACAACAGCAACAGUCGCAGCCUGAGGAGUUUGCCCAGUAUCAGCGGUACCAGCAGCAGCAACAACAGCACGAACAGCAAUCCUCCGAAAAAUCCUCACAAGAAUGGCCCUCUGUACACCAACAACAAGCCAACGGCGGCCUCUCACAACAAAACGGUCAACACCAACACCAGCAACAUCAACAACAGCAACAACAACAUGCAAGAGGCGGAUCUCAGCAGGGUAACGUCGAAGUGGAGCUGUUUACCCAUCUUAAGGUUCAAAUGGUGAAGAUAAAGUACGUCAAGCCCAGAAAAAGCCAGGAGAAUAAAGUCGCAGCACCAGCCGUACCAGACUCGGAAUCAGACACAAGCGAAAUGUCAGACGCGCUCUCGAACGUAGACCCAGAGUUGAACGACGAUGUUUGGGAUUUCGAUGAUGAGGAUGAAGCAGAAAAGCAGGGGAAUGAGGACGUAGUUGGAGGGGGAGACAAUGUUGAAGAGGUACCGGAGCAAGUCGUCGACGAAAUGGACAUUGACCGAGACGGCGACGAGGAUGAAAAAGAAGAGACCGAAGAAGAACUACUCGACCAGAUCAAGACGAACUGGGGUAGUACCAGUCUACGAAGUAUCAUGGAGCUGGGGCUCGUCAACGACAAGAAGAAACAGCUCAAGGACACGUGGCUCUCCGGUGAAACCGACCUCGCAGACGAAGAGUGGGAUAUGAUUACUCUACGCCUUUUCCGAGACCUAUCGCGACUAACACGGAAUAACUUCGACAAAGCCAGGUCAAUACUGGGCGAGUGGCUCCGUUACCGGAAGCAUGAUAAGGACGGAAAAAGAACGGGAUCAAAGAGGGUCAUAAAAGAACUCAAAUUGCGCAACGAUCUGAGGGGAAUCAUCUAUGAGUUGCAGACGACGAAAGAGAAAGCACGAAAAACGAAGGAUAAAGAGCAGGGUAUACCCAAGAGGAAGAAGGCAAAGACUGAUGAUGACUCCUCCGACGUGGAGAUCAAUGACGGCUUGUAUCUUCCGGAAGUAGAGCCACCUCUCGAGAAGAAGGGGAAGAAGGCAUCCGAGAAAAAGGACAGCAGCAAGACACCAGGCGGUAAAAGUGUGAAACCUUCGCGACCACGACGAGACAGCGAAGAUGACUCUGACUCAAGCCCCAGUGAGGUACCUCCGAAAAACCCCCGCAAGGAGAAGAACGCAGAAGCCGGUGUGAAAGUGAAGAAGAAGCCAGCUCAACCGAAGAAGAAUGCACAGGCAAAAGCAAAGGCUGCUGAGGCAGAAGACGCUGAGAGCGGAAGUCCUGCGAUCGAGCCUCCUGCGGUCGUCACAAUACAAAACGAAGAGGAGAGAGACGCCGCACUCGAAUACAUCUACACCACCUGGCGAACCACCUCGCUUUUGCAUGUCCUGCCAGAUGCUCUGCGCCCAGUAGAAGCGACCAAAGAUCAAGACCUGGCUUAUGAGAUCAUCGCGGCUCUGCGCAAUCUCUCCAAUGUUAUACGUACGCCAGAUGAACUUGCUGCCUUCAGACGAGACCUGGAAGAGCAGGUGACGGGAGAUACACCUGUCACUAGCGAAGAUAUCGUGGCCCACAUUGCGAGAGUUGGCGAGCCUUACUACCAUGCUGCUCGAGCAGCUCGCGAGAAUGCACGACACCCGGUAGUUCGGAGCGCUGCUGGCGAGCCACAGACAGAGGGACCAACUACACGCAGGUCGCCGCGUAACCACGAUGCUUCCGCAAUCCCUCCAGCGGGUGAUCAGCAAGCUGCUGCUGCUCCAGCCUUAGAUUUAUUAGCAGCAGCGGCGGCUGGCAGACUUAGAGAAAUUGUGACAACACCGCAGCCUCCACGACUGGGAGACGCCUCUGUUACCACCAGAGCACCCCAGGUUGCACCAGGAGCAUCAGCGGCUACCCAAGACCAAAAUGUGGCUAGAUCCAAUGACGGGAACGAAGGUACAGCUCAACAGUUUGAGCAGCGCACCACGCAAGAGGAAGCGGGUUCCAGGGACGCGACUGGUAAGUCAUCAACCGCGAACAACACGCAAGGCCACGUUCAACCACCGCAACCUUCACCACGGCCUGUUGACCAACAGCCUUCGCGCUCCACUGCAACUAUACGAGACAACGACAUAACAUUCAGAUUAGUCUCAGCUCUAAGCAGAGUGCGCAACUCCGAGGCGGACGUUAGAGUAGCGCAGAUCCAGCGUGAUAUUGCUGCUCUCCAAGGACAAUCCGCAUAUGCUCAAGCAAAUGCCUCUCUUGAAGUCGCGUUAAAGGAACGACAACGUGCAGAAGCGGAGAUGGAGGCGAAUAGCUUCCAGGGAAAUAGAGAGGGGAUGCAGGGGCGAGAGGAGGUUGCGAGGCAGCGUGAGCAGGAGCUCGUGCAGAUACGUCGGGGAGAUGACGGAGAUGCGGUGGAAGAGGAGGAAGAGGAGGAUUCAAGGCGAGCAACGAAGAGGCGAAGGAGUGCUUAG